UUCGUCCCUUGGGUGUUUGGGAUCCAAAACCCAGCUCUCCCCUUUCCUUUGGCUGAAAAUCGGGUUUUAAACAGCAAUUCCCGACUCACACGGGCAGGCCGCACGGCCGUGCAGCUCACCCAGUUGCCCGUGCGAAGGCUCGGUGAUUUCCGCACGGCCAGGGGUCGCACGGCCGUGCAUCUCACCUUGCACGGCCGUGCAGCUCACCUUGCACGGCCAUGUGGAUUUUCUGCUCUGCCCGUGUGGCUUGCUCAGCCUCUGUUUAAUGCUUCGUUUCUCCCUCGUCCGGACUCCGAAUCAGUCGCCGUUUGAUCCCAGACGCUCGUAGUCUCGUCCUCUUUCGUUUCAUAACAAGCUUGCAUGAUUCUUUGUCCAUAAAGUGAGGUAUAAAUCCAUUC